AUGGAUGAUGGAAAGGUUGAGGUUACGAAAGAAGGAGUAAAGCUGUGCACCAUGGGGCCUGGGAAGGUGUUUGGAGAACUGGCUAUCCUAUACAACUGCACUCGGACUGCUACCGUCAAAACUCUCGUAAAUGUGAAACUUUGGGCUAUUGAUCGGCAAUGUUUCCAAACAAUAAUGAUGAGGACUGGCCUUAUCAAGCAUACAGAGUAUAUGGAAUUUUUAAAAAGUGUUCCAACAUUCCAGAGCCUCCCUGAAGAGAUCCUUAGUAAACUUGCUGAUGUUCUUGAAGAG